AUGCCAAAUGAUUUUACAACACCCAGUUCCAAGACCAGCACUUGUCUGGAUGUACAUAGAGGGAGUCAAUACACUAUCCAAGUCCGAGCCCAACCCAAUGGAACGGUGUACAGUGGAGACUGGAGUGACUGGUCGAAACCUUUUACCGCCCUCUUACCUUUAGGCAAAGAGUGGAUCUUCAUUGUCUGUAUACCAGUGGCUCUGCUCAUCAUUGCUUCUGCAACGAUCACUUUCUUCUCCAGAUACUUCCGGAAGGUCAAGAAGUCCUUGUGGCCAUCAGUCCCAAACCUUAACAAGGUGCUAGAAAGCUUCCUGACCGAUAUCAGUGGAUCACAUUGGGAGCCAACCUUCAACAUCAAGCAAUGUGACGAUGACGCUGCUACAUCAGUAUUGGAGAUUCUGCCCGAGAAAGAAACUUCAGUAAAAUCCUGUAAGAAGUCCACCUGUCAUACACUCCCUGAUCGUGGCUUCUCAGCUGGUGUAAAAAAUAGAGAGAAUUUUAGAGAGGAUUUGGAGAUGGCUCAAGAUUAUGUCGUUUUGAAUAACGAUAUAAUCCCAUGCUUUACGGGGAAUGACUAUGUGUACGGGGAUACCGCUUUAUCUCAUCUGGCUAGUGAAAAACUACACUGUUGCCCCAGUACCUGUUCCACCACCUUCCCAGAAUGCACCACUAAUAUUCUCAACCAUUCCUAUCUCCUUCUGGCAGAAAAGUCUGAUCUUGAAGAGUAUCACACAGCCUGUCGCCGGUAUACCAAUAUGGAGAUCACAUCAAUAGCAUAUGAUGCAAGCGGAGAGUGAUGUAUAAUUUGUUAUUAAGCAAGCUCAUAAGCAUGUAUAUAUUAGGUUUUGGGUGAAACCUUACUCACAAAUUCAAAGAUUCUGUGGAAUAAGAGAAGAGGCCUGUGAGACCUUAAGGAACAGACAAGGUUCACCAUAAAAAGUACUUAUGCCAGUCUUCGUAGCUAUGAAGUCAAGUGUGUUAAGAGGAGAUUGUUCAAUGCAUGAACCUUAAUCAUCAGUAAGAAGGAACUGCACUUACGUUUCAUCAUACCACAAACCAGAAGAUUCAGGACAUCAACAAUAACUAGACAUGCCAAAUGUCAGAUCACAUGGCUUGCAAAAGCCCUUAGAAGAUUAUAUGAAAGCAUAAUAUGGAUCAUAUAAACAUAAUUUUCUGGAAAGUUCUGGGUUAAAUACGACUUCAGUUUACAAAUAGAAAACAACAAUCAGUGGCAUGUUGUCAAAGAUCAACUUGCUCUCAGUUUGCAAACUCAAAUAUGUGCAUUAAUGGAUGUCUGUGGGGUAAUUUGAGGCUUCAAAAAAUGUGAAGUUUGUAUUCUUUCUAGAAGCUUUUAGAUUCUUCAGUGAAAUAUUUGAUAUUUAAGCUUUAAAGUUGUGAGUACUUUUAUAGAUAGAUGAACAUCAUGGUUGUGAAGUAGAAAUGAUUUUUCUGGGUGUUUAAAUGGACAUCAUGCAAAUGUUAACGGGUUUAUAUGGUAAAGUUAACUGUUGCACUUUGCACAGACAAAGUUGGUAAACAAAUCUAUCACAUGCAGUCUCAUGAUGUGUAAAUGAUAU